UAAACAUUUGCCAAAGGAGGAAGUGACGUUCCCAGCGCAUGCGUAGACCCGAUUGCGUUUCCGGGACGGAUUGACCAGUGACACCCAUUAAACCAAAACAAGAAGACUAGAAGUAGAAGGAAGGAAGGAGAGUCGCAGCCUGGCGAGGACGGCCAGAAUGACUUCGGAGUCUGAAAAUGUUAUCAUCGAAGAGGCCCCUGCCAGCUUUAAAUCGUUUGUGUGGCAGUAUUUUGGCUUUCCAUUGGACAUAAUAAACGGCAACCGAGUGACGGACAAGACACGGACAAUAUGUAAGCUCUGCCAGAAAAGAAUGCCGUAUACGGCAGCUAACACUAGCACUAUGCAAAGACACAUACAAAACCACCACAGCUGGCUACUAAAAUCACCUGCGAAGAAAACAACCACCGGUAAAUGUCAGGCAACGCUGGCAGGCUCCAGAGCCGAGGCAAUAACGAGAGACAUCGGCGUUUUCAUUGCAGCUGACAUGAGGCCAUUUUCUGUGGUCGAAAAUAAGGGAUUCCGGCGACUCCUCCACACGCUGGAACCGAAGUACACCAUCCCGCCACGCACGUAUUUUACUUCCACGGUGGUCCCGAACCUCUAUAAAGAGACCAAGACUGUGGUUGUACAGACCCUGAAAGAAGCCGAAAGCAUCGCCAUCACAACAGACAGUUGGACAUUGAGAGGUACGCAAAAUUAUAUCACAAUUACAGCGCACACAAUUAACAAUGCCUGGGAGAUGAAAAGUGUUGUACUGCAGACCGACUCGCUUUUCGAGUCCCACACGGGGGCAAAUCUCUCAGAGGUUUUGCAAGCAGCUGUCACAGACUGGGAGCUUGAGAGAACAAACCGUAGCAUCGCUAUUGUCACUGAUGAUGCGCGUAACAUGGAAGCGGCCGUGCGCGAGGCGGGACUGGAACCGCACAUCAAGUGCUUUGCGCACACUAUAAAUCUGGCAACCCAAGCUGGCCUCGGUGUCCCCCGCGUCACUCGUUUGCUCGGGCGGGUGAGACGCGUGGCUGCCUUUUUUCACCGGAGUUCAACAGCAACAGCGGUGUUUAUGUCCAAGCAGCUGCAGCUGCAACUGCCGUCACACAAGUUAAUCAUGGACGUGACCACGCGGUGGAUCAGCACUCUGGAGAUGCUGGCUCGUUACCUCGAGCAGCAGGCUGCCAUAGCAGCAGCUCUCGCCAGCCCUGAGAUAAGACAGAACAUCAGAUACCUUGAUACGCUCGACAGCUGCGAUAUCAGAGAUGCUGAGGACCUGGUGAAGCUGCUGUAUCCUUUGAAGACGGCCACCACAGUCUUGUGCGAGGAGAAACGUCCCACGGUGUCUCUCAUUGCGCCACUGAAGAGCAUGAUCGAACAAAGCAUGACACCGAAUGACGGCGAUUCCACCACCGUGUCCGACACAAAGACUGCUAUCCUCAGAAAUAUUGCAGACCGAUACAGUGGGGAUGCAUACAACUAUCUGCUUGAGUGCACGGCACUGGACCCAAGGUUCCGGACUCUACCUCAGCUUGACAGUGACCAGUGUGAAGCCGUCUUCCUGAGGGUGCAGAACAAGGCGAAACAGUUGCAGCAAAAUCAGACCACGGCUUGGGAGAGAGCAGAAGAGGCAGCAGGUGGAGCUCACUGUCACGCGUACGGAAGAGAGGAUGCUGUGAAAACUGAGCCCGAAGUGACAGAACCCGCUCCCAAAAAGACAGCGCUCGAGGACCUGCUAGGGAACUCGUUUUCCUCCGACCCGGAGCAGUACAACAGAUUGGAACGGGCUGAGAGGGAAAUGCAAAACUACAGGAAAGAGCCGUCAAUCCCUCUCAGCAGCUGCCCUCUCAAGUGGUGGCGUGAAAACUGCGGCCAAUACCCUUUGCUGUCUUACCUUGCCAAAGCGUGCCUUUCUGUCCCUGCUACCUGUGUCCCAAGUGAGCGCAUCUUCUCGACUGCAGGAGACACAGUUAGCGCCCAGAGGUCUCAGCUGCUGCCAGAAAAUGUGAACAUGCUCAUAUUCUUGAAGAAGAACAUGGUCGUAUCUUAGGCUAGGCUGUGGAGUUGUAGCAUGUUGUUAAUGUGUUGUUGUUUUUUUGUUGUUUUUUUUAAAAAGGUUAGUCUCUGUUUGCGCUCUGUGUAACACUAUUUUAAGUUUCAUCAUUUUUUUGUUUCAGUUUGUGCAAAGAAGCUGAACAGUUCAUGCAUUUAAAGUUUAAAUUAAAACAUUUCAAAAUGUUGAAAAGCACCCGCAUUGUUUUGUUACUCACAAGCGAUGUUAAAAUCUCGUCUCGUCUCGUUGCAUGUCGAAUUGUUAAUAAUAAUAAUAAAUGUAUGCCAAAUAUAG